AUCCUCGACGAUAUCCAUGACAGCAUCCUCGACGGGUUCUAUGUCAGCCUUGACGAGGUCUAUGAGGACAUCAGCCUCGAUCCGCUCGCCAACAUCAGCCUCGAUCCCGUCUCCGAGGACAUCAGCCUCGAUCCGGCUCUCGAUUUCAGCUGUCUCAUGGUCGACGAAGUCAUGAGCCCUGCAACUCACCAGCCUAGCAGCCCCGAGAGCAAGAUGGAAUGUGACCCGCCUGUUUCGGCGUUCGACGCGCACCUCUCGCUCUCUCCGAGCAACCCGCCCACGCCGUACUCGCUUCCCAGCACGCCAUUCACGCUUCCCAGCACGCCGUUCCCGCUUCCCAGCUCGCCGUUCCCGCCUCCCAGCACACCGUUCCCGCCUCUCAGUACACCGUUCCCGCCUUCCAGCACACCGUGCUCGCUUCCCAGCACGCCACUCACCCUUCCCAACGCGCACGAGAUUUCCAGCGCCUACGACCCGGCCCUCACCCCGCAGAGUCCGGGCUACGCGGCGCCGCUCGCGCAGAACUACUUCUGGGCUUCCCCCUCGCUGAGUUCGCUUACCUCGACUUCGGCGUCUUCCUCGGCCCCUUCGUCCCCCGUGCCUAACCAUAGCCCGUCUGCCAACGGCCUCUUCGUGUCGCCGAUGUACGGUGCGAGUGCGACGUACACUCCCCCGCAGCGCCAGAUAUCCACUGACUAUCCGUCGCCGUGGCCGCCCUGCCACGGCACGGGGCAUGGCCUCAACCGCGACCGCCCGUGUGUCGCGACGUACCACGGCCGACUUGGUAUCGUGUGCUGUUACUGUUUCCGCCACCUCUAG